GGAAACCGGAGCACCUGGAGAAAACCCACGCAGUCACUGGGAGAACGUACAGACUCUGUACAGACAGCACCUGUGGUCAGGAUCGAACCCGGGUCUCUGGCAAUGUGAGGCGGCAACUCUCCCGCUGCGCCGUUGUGUCGCCCUUUUUGCCCGGUAAUUAAUAGCAAUGAAUUUCUCUUUCAGGUCAGGUGCCUGAUGUGGUGAUCUUCAACACAGAAGAUGCGAUGGAGUGGGUCAAUUACCUGGGCAACUUGCUGACCACGACACGUGGCCUUGACGUUCUACCCUACUCUAUCAGCGAGGACACCGCCUUCAGCAGCCAGGACUUGGCGUGGUUUAAGAGUUGUAAGUGCCUCCUGCUGGUGCUGUCGCCACAGUUGCUGGACUGGCUUGUCCAGGCUGGGAUGAGGUGCGGACUGCACAAGGCGCUGAGGCCUCCGCACAAGGUGGUGGUGCUGCUGUGCGGCGCGUACGAGACCCCCCAGCUACCGGCCUUGUUCGGGGACUGGUCAAUGUGGACACACACGUCGUGCGACGAGGAGCCAGAGGUGUUUGCCGCUGCUGUAGACGAGGCCAUCGCUGAGAGCAACAGCAGAGACUCUGGCUGCGAUACGGCGGAAACAGAAGGGGAGGCACACAACAGGGUGCGGGGCAACGUGGCCAGACCAGCGGACGCUCCACAUAGCACGUCCCCCACGGAACAUCGAGAGAACAUGUCGAAGGUUUUACCCGAGAGGAUCCAGUGUGGGGUCCCGCAGCAGGUUUUUGUUAUUCUAAAGGUCAAACUGGACAGCAAAGUAAGAAACGAAAUGGACUUUGUGUUGGAUACGACGGCAUCUGCACGGGUCCCCGCACUGUUUGUGAACGAGUACACCCUGUCUGCUGAUGCUCCAGAUAUGCCUCCUGGAUUGGUCACACUCACCGUCUACUCUGGAGACUUGAAAAUAUGUUCGGCGACUUUAACCUACCACACUGACAUGGAGGAAAUUGAGAACCUCUUGAACAAUGUUAUCAACCCCGUGGAAUUCAUGUGCCAGGCAUUCCACAUUAUACCGUACAACAGAGAAACACUGGACAAACUACUGACAGAGUCAUUGAGGGGCAACAUGCCCAUCAAUGGCCUUCAUAUAUUCGGAAUUAAUCAGCUGGAAGAGGAUGAUGUGUCUACAAUCCAGCGGGACAAGGAGCUGCCGACCCUGCUUCACUUUGCAGCAAAGUACGGGCUGAAGAACCUGACGGCGGUGCUGCUGCAGUGCCCCGGCGCUCUGCAAGCCUACAGUGUGGCCAACAAGGACGGAGACUACCCCAACAACCUGGCCGAGAAGAGCGGCUACAAAGAUCUCCGCCAGUUCAUCGACGAAUAUGUGGAAACAGCAGAUAUGCUGAAGACUCAUCUCAAAGAGGAGAUGUGCGACCACAUGAAGGGGACGGAGAACGACGACUUGUACGAGUCGAUGGCAACAGUGACCAAAGACAUCCUGAUGAAGUGCAGCUUGAAUCCCGGCUGCGAUGAGGACAUCUACGAGUCGAUGAUGGAGAUGCUGCCUCCCUCUGGCAUCAUGGAGGACACCUAUGUGUCCAUGACCAAAGCAUCUGAUGUGGCCCCUUCAUCUCCAUUCUCCCCUGAAUCCUUUGGCCCUAAAAAGGAUUCCAUACUGAGAAGCUUCUUUCAAGGGCAGAUGCAGUAUGAUGCUUCUUUUGCAGAGGCAGAAGAGGGUGCAUACGAUACGAUGAUAGAAGGCGGCCAGGCUCCAGAGAUCGUGAACCGACCUCCAGCUCCUAACCCAAGAAUGCCGCCCAUCGGCAACAUCGAUGACGUGGUGCCCUACAUUUCCAAAGUGUUUUGCGGUGAAGAGAGGCGAGCGGAGAAUCUUUACAUCACGCCAGUGUCGACCACGAUGUCUGGACGCUCCGGACCAGUCCUGCCGUCCCGCAAGAAGCAGUCUGUGGACAGAGCUGCGUCCAGUGACUACGACCCGUUUGCGGGCAUGAAGACCCCUGGGCAGCGGCAGCUCAUCACCCUGCAGGAGCAGGUCAAGCUGGGCAUGAUCAACGUGGACGAGGCCCUCCUGCAGUUCAAAGAUUGGCAGCUCAACCAGAAACGGCGAUCGGACUCCUUCCGCUUCCAGCAGGAAAACCUGAAGAAGCUUCGUGACAGCAUCACCCGCCGACAGUUGGUGAAGGGGCGAGACGGCAAGCAUCGAGUGAUGGAGAUCACCCUUCCUGCUCGUCCACAAGACCUUCCAGACAGCGCCGAGUGUGGCGUGUACGAGACCAACCCCAGGUUCCACCCGCCCUUACCGGCCCAGGAUGGGAUUCAGCGAGGACAGUGGAACACAGGCAGCACCUCCAGCACAGCAAGCAGCCUCAGCAGUCGCUCCAGCACUCGCAGUGUGCUCAGCUUAAGCAGUGGAGCAGAGGGAGACAAUGAGGACAACGAGCCAGCGAGCUUCGGGGCCUCCAAUGCCCGCCUGAGUCGACACCGGCCGCCCAGCUUACCUCCGCCCCGCGUGCCCACCACGUGGACAAGCCAGGAGUCCAGUCCAGCCAAGGGGGAAGUCAUCUCCUGCCCCGCCAGUGCCACCUAGAGGCUGGUAGUCGUAUCUCCCACAACUGGACCUCCCAGAGGAAGCACCAGGCAACACAACGUCACCACCCAGAUGGAGCAAGAAGCCAAGGAGUUUCACACCUCAGCAGCUUCUUGUGCUAAAUGCCUGCCGCUCUCUUGUUGACCCGGCCACGCAGGGCAGUCUCCAAGAGCGCCCGUGUUGUCUAUUGGUACGGAAGUGUGGAGAAAAACGACCAAGUGACUUAGUUAAAACCGCAAUGGUGGAGCUGCGAGCACUUACGUUCCAGCCAAAUGCAAAUGAGACCAAACUUGCCCGAUACUCAAAUCUUCUUCCAAUUCUCUUCGUGACCCUGUGAGGUGCCACGACACCCUGUUGUUGGAAUAUAACACACACAGACUCCAUUCAAGAAGACCCUGUAAACCAUUCCAAAAUGUAAAGAACAUGUGAUGAAAGAUUGGGAUGUUGAGGGCAGUGUGGAGCAGGGAGGGCAGUAGACCUUGCUAAGAGGCAGAGCAAGCAGGAGAGGCCAAGUAGCCUACCCCUAUUCCCCCUCCUAGUUUUAAGUUUGUAUAAUAUUUAGCUGAAUAAUUUAGCACGAUGCAAUCAUGAAGAUGCUGUUUCAUCGCAGAACUCGAGACGGUUCUGCAAACCUCUUAUUCCCACAGGACCAAGCAUAGCAGGGCAAUCCAAGAAGUCACUCAUCCAGCUGAGAGCUUGGGGGAGAAUUCAUCCUUAUCUCACCUCGCGCACUCCAUCCACCUCGCUCAGCGGGGAAGAAUGGUGUGCGCUGCAGCGAUCCACAUCCCCAGGGAUUGAGGGACAGCAAACGCAUGGAGAUCUUUAUCAGGUCACAGGUAGAUCAGGCAACAUCAGUACGGUGGGCAGGAUAGGACUUUAUUCCUUGGCAUGCAGGAGGAUGAGGGCUAAUCUUGUAGAGGUGUACAAAAACAUGUGGUGAAUAGAUUGUGUGAAUGCACAGUCUUUUACCCAGGGGACGGGAUUCAAGAACCAGAGGACAUAUCUUUAAGGUGAGCAGGAAACGAUUUAAUAGGAACCUGAGGGGCAACUUUUUCACUCAGAGAAUGGCCGGUAUCUGGAACGAGCUGUCACAGGAGGUAGUUGAGGCAGGUACUAUAACAAUUUAAUAAAGGACAUUUGGACAGGUACAUGGAUAGAAAAUGUUUAGAGGGAUAUGGGCCAAAAGCGGCAAUUGAGUUGGGGCAUCAUGCUUGGUAUGGAUGAAUUGGGCUGAAUGGCCUGUUUCCAUGCUGUAUGAUUCUGUGAUAAAGGUUCAGUAAGAAACAG